GCGCAUGCUUUCCAGUAUGCCCGAGUCCAUCGUUUCGCAGCCGCCACCAACGCAUCGUUCAUAGCCUUCACGGAAAGAGGGCGAUGGCGUCUUCGGGGUCGGCGUGGGCGAAACCGAUCUCUUGGGCGUUGGACGCCGAGCAGCACGAGGCCGCCAUGGCCGUCGCCAAGGACGACUCCUCCUCCACAUCCGACGCCUCAGACCAGCAGCAGCGGGACUUCCCUUCCCUCGCCGCCGCCACCAAAGGCUCCAAGAAGAAGAAGAAGGCGCAGAGCAUGUCCCUCGCCGAGUUCACCACCGGCAAGCCCGUCUCCCACAAUUCUUCUGCUCGCCUCGCCUUCUCCUCCUCCUCCUCCGCGGGCCUCACCCCCGACGAGCUCCUCCUCCUCCCCACCGGCCCCCGCGAGCGCUCCGCCGAGGAGCUCGAACGAUCCUCUUUCCGCGGCUUUGGCCAGUCCUACGGCGGCGCCCGCGGCCGGGCCGCCGCAUCCGGGGAGGACCCCAACCCGUCCCGCUGGGGCUCGUCCAGGCCUUCUGACGAGCCGAGGAGGGGUGGUUUCGGCGGAUCUGGCGGUGGAUCCGACAGGGAUCUGGGGCCGUCCCGUGCCGAUGAGGUCGAUGACUGGGGAUCGGCGAAGAAAUCCAUGGUUCCAGAGAGGAGGGAGAGGGGAGGAGCAGGGGGCUUCUUUGAGUCUCAGUCCAAGGCGGACGAAUCGGACAGCUGGAUCUCGAGCAAGAGAACUGCGCCGCCGGCAGACGGCCGGAGGUUCGGUAGCGGCGGCGGUUUCGAUGGACCCAGGGAAGGGAGGGGUGGUUUCGACAUGUUCACCAAGGAGGGAUCCAACGGAGGAGGCGCUGAUUCCGAAACAUGGGGGAGAAAAAAGGAUGUCGCAGGUUCUGAUGCAUGGAGGAGGGAGGAGGAAAAAGGCAGCGAUGGAAGGCGUAGGCUUGUGCUGCAGCCCCGCUCGCUGCUGUUGUCCAAUGGAAACAACGGGGAACCGGCCCAUGGAGAGCAGGACAAAGGAGCAACGGAGAAGAAGACCAAGGGUUCGAACCCCUUUGGAGAGGCUCGUCCACGAGAAGAGGUAUUAGCAGAAAAGGGGCAGGACUGGAAGCAGAUCGAUGAGAAGUUGGAAACCAGGAAGAUCGGUGAUGCUCCGCCAGAAAGGUCUUCGUUUGGCAAGAAGGUUUAUGGGGCAGCAAAUGGGACUCAAAGGUCGCCUGAGGGCCGCACAGACAGGGCUUGGAGGAACCCCGACGCAGCUGCGGCAUCAACUCCAAGGGAAGACAAGAUUGAGAACACAGCACCUGAAAUUUGAAAGCUAUACAAAUGAUGGCCUCAGAAAUACAGAUUCAUCCAACCGAUAGGCCAUCCAGUGAUUGGAAACUUCUACACGAUGAGACAAUUUUGUUAGAUAAGUUUCUUAGCGUGUUACUUGUUAUUAGUUGCAGAGUGAGGAUAGUGCGUCUAGAUCUAAGGUCGCGACUGCAUUUUUGUAAGGUUCUUUGUGCUAUGGAGGAUUUUGUUUUUAAUAUUUGAUAGCAUCAUUUGACAUAUUCUAAGAAUGUCAUCUGUCUUUGAUUCCAAAUUGUAGUUGAAUGUCAACAUUUGUGCUCUCUGAGCCUGACCGUGCCAUCAUGUGACAUUCCAGACAAUUUCAUGCUAUUAAAAUCUAUUUCAGCUA